AUGUCUGAAUUUACAAAUGCAUAUGAAUUGGAGGAAGGAGGAAACACAAAUACUAGACCUAUAAGGACGGAAAUGCCAUAUGAUGCUCAAACAAGUAUAAUGGCUUCCCCUAGUAAUAAUGAUGCAAAAUCAAAAAAGCAACUACCCUUAAAAACUUCUACUAUAACAACUCCAACAAGUUCUGCCACUGGAAUUCGAACAAAACUUACAACACCACAAAGAACUACCAAAACUUCUCAAAAAUUAGUAUUAUUUCCUGAAGAGUCUGAAAAUUUACCUGCCACUGCUACUAUCACCAAUGCUUUUGAAGAUAUACCUCCCGAGUAUUUCGAUACGCCAGCACCAUUACAAGAAGUAUCAUCCUCACUUAUUGAAAACCUUGAUAGUGUUGAUGCAGAAAGAUUGUCAAAGAAAACUCGUGACGACUAUAGAUAUCCAAGAGCUACGGCUUAUUGCACUGCAGAAGGUUAUUAUCUUGGUAUUCUGAUGGAAUUUUUAAAAGAAGGGCAUAAUGUUCAACCAAAAUUAUAUGAUGAAUGCCUUUAUGCACCAUAUCAUUUCCCUUUAAUUCCUGGAAAAAACACAAAAAUUUUAUCCUCAUCACCAACCCAUACAUCAAACGGACAAUCUUUUAUUGAUAGACAAAUAGAAAAUUAUGAAAAUCAUAAGGGAGAUAAUAGCAAUUUUAUUGAAGGAGAUGGAGGUCGUAAUGAUACAAGUAAUGAAGAUUCUUUAAGGAAAAAUUCACCACCAUUAAUAAUUUAUAGUAUUGGAGAGGUUUUUUAUUUUAAUUAUGGAGUAGUGGUGUUUUGGAAUUUUACAGAAGAACAAGAAUUAUUAAUACUUGAUGAUUUAGCAUCAUAUAAAUUUGUUGUUCGUCCAUUAAAAGAUGAUGAAGUUAAAUGUGAAACUUUUCAUUUUCAAUAUGAUGUUAACUCUUCUAGUCAACCAAGAAUUUUCAAUGAUAUGAUUACACUAAAAUCUGAAAAUCAUAUGAUUAAAUUAACAAUAAGUCAUGCCAUUAGUCAAAGUACAAAGUUAAGUUUGUAUGAAUGGCAAAUGGAUGACACAAUAAAUAGAACAAAAUCAAUACCAAAAAUGUUAGCAUUGACUGGAAGACUAAAUUUAAAUCGAACUCAAGUAACAAAAUUGAGUGGAGAAUUGUUUAAAUUACGCAUGAAUGUGAAUUUAAUAUCUAAUGUGUUAGAUACCCCGGAAAUAUUUUGGUCUGAACCAUUUUUACAACCAUUAUACAAUGCUAUUAGAACUUACCUUGAAAUCUCACAACGUGUCAAAGUUCUUAAUGAUAGAUGUAAUGUCAUCAAUGAUUUGCUUGAUAUGUUGCGUGAAGAUAUUGGUAAUUCAAACAUGACACAAAUUACAUGGAUCAUCAUUUGGUUGAUUGUCAUAGCUGUGUUUGUUGCAACAGGAGAAAUUGCCGUUAAAUUUUUUCUUUGA